AUGGCAUCAACCAAAUCUUUCAUCACUGCUUUCCUUCUUGUUGUAACAACGUCAAGCAUGAUCCUAGCAGCUCGCCAACAUUUGCAAACAACCCCACAACCAAAUUUGCUUGGCAUUCCAACUUUGCCAAAGCCAACAACAUUUCCACCUUUGCCUUCAAUUCCAACAUUGCCUCAAGCAAGUCUUCCUCCAUUACCUACUAACAUUCCAACUGUUCCUAAGCUCACUAUGUCACCAAUUCCUACCUUUCCUACAAAUACUCCAUCUCUCAACAUUCCGCCUUUGCGAGCAAUCACUUCACUUCCCAACAUUUCCACCUCAAUCCCAAUCACUUUUCCUUCCAUUCCAUUUCUUUUCCCACCACCUUCUUCAAUCUCUAGCCCUUAA